AUGACUAGACUGCCCACUGACCAGCUCUGCGUGUGCCUUGCAGGUGGAGGGGAGGGGCGGGGGUCAACACCGACGCUCCCUCACGCCCCUCCCCUGUGGCCGUGCAGGUACCUGUGGGGAUGGGAGGGAGGCAGCACUGCCAGUCGCUGCCACGAGGGAGAGUAUCGGGGUGGGCUUGGCCUCUCAAGUCAUGCCAACUCACUUGCUCUUACUCCCCCUUUUCUUCCCCCCUUACCAGGUCACUUGGCAUCGAGUGAAGACUGCAGUGGUGCUUCAGCUGCCUGCUUCUCGCUCUCACACAAUCAGCGAAGUGUCCCUUCCUCCAUGCCCUCGCCCAUUUCGUUUUUCGCAUCUGCUUUCGCACCCUUCCCCUUGAAGCAGUGCGACUGGUUAGUGGCCCCUCUCUGCUCUCGCCUUGCAAACUCUCUUCUCGCUCUUGCACUCUCACCCUUCCUCCCCUCGCUGCCCACUGACCAGCUCUGCGUGUGCCUUGCAGGUGGAGGGGAGGGGCGGGGGUCAGCACCGACGCUCCCUCACGCCCCUCCCCUGUGGCCGUGCAGGUACCCUUGGGGAUGGGAGGGAGGCAGCACUGCCAGUCGCUGCCACGAGGGAGAGUAUCGGGGUGGGCUUGGCCUCUCAAGAUGGAGGGGUGGGGCAGGGGUCAACACCGACGCUCCCUCACGCCCCUCCCCUGUGGCCGUGCAGGUGCCUGUCUGUGGGGAUGGGAGGGGGGCAGCUCUGCCAGUCGCUGCCACAAGGGAGAGUAUCGGGUUGGGCUUGGCCUCUAAAGGCAACAUGGCGCUCUGCAUGGUUGUGGUAGGUAGAGGAAAGAGGCAUGGGGUGAAGGGGAGAGUGGGGAGGCGGUGGGAGCAUGGGAGCAAGUGGGCAGGUCACUCUCUCAGGAGCAGCAUCCUCUAG